AACACAAGAUCGUUGCGAAAUAUGUUAGCACCGAUGGUAGUUAUCAAUUGGUGUAACAUUGGGAUGACGCGCUAGCCGUCAUCUCUGUGUGUCAACACUGCUCCCCCCCUUAAACGGGUUAAUUAGUGUCUGUGUACAUGUGGUCUGGAGUCAACAGGAACGGUUAGAUAAUGUAACCGUUACAAUGCUAAAAAAAUAAGAAUUGGCCAUCCCAACAAGAAAUAAGUAAGACUAAAGACCAAUUAUUUUUUACCGAACACAGAUUCAUGUACAUGGUCGGUCUGAAUCGGGUGCUGAACCCAGACAAAACCAAUAACUUGGUCGUAGGAGGAUGCAACAUUUACAAAAUCAUUUAUUCGAUAGUCCCGAUUUCUUAUGCAGUGCUGGCGAUAUUUAGUGCAAUCGGUGUCUACUAUUGGGCCAGUGACUUUAAUACUUGGAUAAACUGUGUGUUCUUGUUCGUGAUAUCCUUCAUUCUACUAUUGAAAGUCAUUAGAAUCAAUCACACCGCCGACACUAUAUGGAAAUGUUUCGACAUUUUGUGUGACGAUUUCUUGACUUACUGUGGUCGCCAAAGAAGCGGCGUAUUGGACGGUUACAAAAAGAAAAUCUCGAGGGUCACAAACUUGUACACGAUAGGAUGGGUUUGUUUUGUUGUUUGUUGGUAUAGCAAUCCGGUGUUCAUCAAACAAUACAUUGCCGAAAAUCCCAAAGGACAACUAUUGGUAUACCGAAACAACGUGUUGAAUACAUUAUUCUAUCCGAUUCAAGUGGACCACUACAACAGAUUUUAUGCAUUAUUUUUUAUCGCGGAAGCUUUAAUUGCGGCGUGGUACUUAGUCAUCACUUUCGCAUUCUAUUCGUUUACAAUAGAUUUUUGUUGGACGUUUGUAGCAGAUUUAAGAACUAUCGCUUCAGCGUAUGAGUCAUUGGGCAACGAGGACGAUUGCACUGAGACGUUAAUUAAAAAAUUCAAAGCAAUUACAUAUGAUCAUCAAAAAGUGAUGAAUGUCAUAAAACAAUUAUAUGAUAGUUUAAAGCCAAUUAUAAUUAUUGAAAUAGGAAGUACGGCGUACACAUUUAUUUACAUGACUAUCGAAUAUAUUUCAUUUUAUAUGGAAGGGCUAUCGCUAUAUAGUAUUGCGUCGCUGAAAAUCCUCUCUACAAUGGUUAGAUGUAUAAUCCAUUUGUACAUCUUGACUUAUCAUUUUGGAUUAGUUGAUCACGAGAUAAAUGCACUGAACUUCUCGUUGUACAGUUGCGAUUGGACGUCUAAAGAUAUUAAAUUCAAAAAACUAUUAUUGAUGGCAAUGCAAAUUAAUAACGCCAAUGAUAUCAAAAUGAAAGUUUCACCGAAGAAAGUCGUAAAUUUAGAAAUGCUUGGAAGUGUGUUGCAAACAUCGUAUUCCGUUAUUUCAAUAAUAGCAAAGAACAAAAAACAAUGAAAGAAAAAUAAAAUCUCAAUAUUUAUUACAUUUAUU